AUGCAAAGGGCUAAUGGCACAUCUGCAUGUGCAUCAUGCAAGCAUCAAAGGAAAAAAUGCACUGAAAAGUGCAUAUUGGCACCCUUCUUCCCCAUCAAUAAAACCCGAGAAUUCCAAGGCGUGCAUAAGGUUUUUGGUGUGAGCAAUGUAACGAAAAUAGUAAUGAAUCUCGAGGAAGAAAAUCGAAAACAAGCUAUAGACUCGCUCAUCUGGGAAGCCUUUUGCCGGCAAAAGGAUCCGGUGCUUGGUCCUUAUGGAGAAUACAAAAAGGUUUGUGAGGAGCUAAGAUUGUACAAAAACCAAUACCAACAAAUUCCUCAAGUCCAAAAUCAAGGGAGUAUAGCGUAUAAAGCAGCAACGCAAGGGCUAAUGGGAUGGAACAAUAACAAGUUUAUGAGUUAUAAUGGCUUUGGAAUAAACAACAACGACGACGUUAAUAAUAGUUCUCUGGAUAAUGUUCGUAACAAUGACAACUCUAUGGUGGAUUUUUGCCCUUAUUCUUAUUCUUCACAUCAUAUACAAGAAACUGAUAAACUAAGGGGAGAAAGAGACAAUGGUUCUGCUCUUAUUAUGCCUCAGAAGCAUUUGUCUAAUGGUUUUAAUCAGCACUACUUUGUUGCAAGUAUAUAA